AUGGUUGAGUUGAUGAUUGACAUAAUAUUGAUGGGAUUGGUUGUGCACGUGAUCCAGUGGUUGUCAACAUCGUCGACAAGUUGGGUUUGUGUGGAGGUUUGUUAUUAUAUUGCAUGUAUUCAAAUGUUGCACUCCAUAAUAUGUUUUGGUGUAUUUGGAGCAGCUGUUGAAUUCGGUUUUGUUGAAGCCAAUUGGCUAUAUUUUGAGCGAUAUGUAUUUUCUUUAUAG